AUGACUUCAAUGAAUUGUACCUUGUUUCAAGGAGAUCAAAGUAAAUGCUCUACCAUCGUAAUUGUCAAAAGAAUUUUGGCCUCCAUAUCCAUUGUUGGCAGCUUUGCAAUGAUCUUUUUGAUUUGGCUAUUCAAUAAACACCAGUUCUUUGCCCAGCGAUUACUUUUGUUUCUGAGCAUUGCAGCGUUAUUAGACAGCGUAUCUUAUGUUAUGGGUGAUAUUCAAGAAGCUGGUCCUUUAUGUACUUUUGAAGCAGUAAUGCUAUCGAUUUUUGACUGGGCUGUACUUUUAUGGAUUACAAUAAUAACCUUCAAUUUAUAUUGGAAUGCUGUAGCUAAGAAAAGUACUGAAAGAUUUGAAAUCUACUACCAUCUUGUUGCUUGGGGUGUUCCUGUUGUCAUAAGUGUAUUACCAUUCAUUGGCAAUCAGUAUGGACCAGCUGGCGCUUGGUGUUGGUAUGGCCCAUUGUUCUUGAUAAUUUUCGCAUUAUUUUGCGUAUACCUUUAUAUUUUUAUAUAUAUUAGAAGACAGGCGACUAGGUGGACGGGUAGCUACGAUCCUGAAAUAGAAAGAAAUAGAGCUAUCAGAGUACUUCUACCACAUCUUUACAUAGACGUACCAAGCGCUGUGAAUGCUAUUGUAUUUGGUAUGGACAGAGAAACAUUUAAUCGCUUAAAUUGGGCAGACUUAAGGAAUGCUUGGUCGCAACGCUGUUCUAAAUCGGUUGUGAGGGAAUAUCCUGUUAUUAAUGAGAGUAGCCAUUUAGAAGAUAAUGAAGAACUAUCGGAUGGAAAUCCCAGUGCUUAA